AUGGCUUCUUUAAAUUUUUCGAUUGAUGGACUUAUGGGCACUUCGCAUUCUAAGGCAUCCCAUAAAGGGUCUUCAUCGAAAGGAUCAGUUAAGACUGAAGCGUUCUCGACCACAGCAACUCAAGGAUUUGUGUGCCCAGACUGUGGAAAGGUUUUCAAUGCCCAGUACAACCUCGCGAGACACAUGCCAAUUCAUACCGGAGCAAGACCCUUCAUUUGCAAGGUUUGUGGAAAGGGUUUCCGUCAGGCGAGUACUCUGUGUCGACACAAAAUAAUCCACACUUCGGAGAAACCGCAUGUAUGUCGCGUCUGUGGCAAAGCUUUCAAUCGAAGUUCAACCCUCAACACGCAUGCGAAAAUACACCUUGUCACUGUGGUUCUUGUCACGCUUUCUGCACCUAUGGGGAAAUUGCAAAAAUUAGAUAACAGAAUUCAGCGUGUGCUUCAGAAUGGAGUUAUACAAAACCAUAGAACAGUUCUUGUCAUAGUUGGCAAUAAGGGUCAAGAUCAAGUUUCAAUUUUGUAUCAACUCCAAACGCAAAUUCAAAGAAAAGGCAUCCUCAAGAUUUUGUGGUGCUAUAAGAAGGAACUAUCUUUCAGCACCCAUCGCAAAAGGAAUUUAAAACUUCUUAACAAGCGCCGUAAAGCCGGAGUUGUGAGCGAGGGUACUGUUUUUGAACAGUUUAUCUGCUCAUCUGACAUCCGCUGGUGUUACUACAGCGAAACGAAUAAGAUUCUUGGCCAAACUUUUGAUAUGUGCGUUCUUCAGGAUUUUGAGGCUCUCACUCCAAAUACACUUGCUCGUACAAUUGAAACCGUUGCUGGCGGCGGUGUCGUUGUCUUCUUAUUGAAGUCGAUGGAUUCCCUCCAACAGCUUUGUACCAUGGCAAUGGAUGUUCACGCUAGAUACCGUACUGAAGCCCAUGCUGAUGUUGUAUGCCGAUUCAACGAGCGAUUUUUGUUGUCUUUAUCACAAAAUACCCGUUGUAUUGUUAUGGAUGAUCGGUGGAACAUUCUUCCAAUAUCCAAGAAGGUUAUCAAGAGCAUUGAAGAUAUUUCCAGUAAAGAAUACGACGAAUACAUCUCUAAAGAGAAUACAGAAUUAGCCAAAUUGAAGCUUCUUUUAACUGAAGAUGAAUCCUACUUUGCUCCACUCGUUAAUCUCUGCAAAACCCUCGAUCAGGCAAAAUCACUCCUUCAGUUCUGCUCAGCUCUGAUUGAUAUCACGAAUCCCUCUGAGACCAAAUCUUGCAAAAAGUCAUCCCUUGCAGAUAAUAUUGGUGGAUUUGACUCGGCUACUCAGGAUAUUAUAACCAAGUUUUCUGAAAGUGGUGUGAAGAAGACUAACAUGCAGAAGACCGCCAGUUCAGCUGUAGUUGUAAUGACAGCUGGUCGAGGUCGUGGAAAAUCGGCGGCUCUGGGUUUAGGCCUCGCUGCUGCUUUUGAUGCAGGUCUACCAAAUAUGUGUGUAACAGCACCAAGUCCUGAGAAUUUGCUAACCCUCAUGCAGUUUGUUCUUCUCGGUUUGAAGGCUCUGAGAUACGAGGAGCAUGUUGAUUAUACAGUGUAUCGAUCAACCGAUCCCGAGCACAAUAAGGCUGUCGUGAAAAUCGAAGUCACUAGACGCAUGUACAGACAGAGCUUGGUUUACCUGCAACCAUGGGAGGCUGUGUCUUCCGGUGGUUGGCAACCGGAUUUGUUCUGCAUUGACGAAGCAGCGGCUAUCCCCUUGCCCACGGUGCGUCAGAUGAUCACUGGUCCGAAACUCGUUUUUAUGGCUUCCACUGUCAAUGGUUAUGAGGGUACGGGGAGAUCGCUUUCUGUAAAGCUCAUUGAACAACUCAGAAGUGAGUGCCAGAAAGUUGAUGCUACUAAAAAAGCAGGCGUUGGAGAAUCAGGAAAAGGAAUGCAACUCAUGGGCAAAGGUCGACUUCUUUACGAAAUAUCUCUCAAAGAGGCAAUCCGAUAUGCCAACGGUGACCCGGUUGAAGCCUGGUUGAACAACCUCCUCUGCUUGGACUGCGGCGAAAAGCUCACAUCAGCUUCAAAGGACAACAUUGGCGGAAUCGCACCUGCGCCUGAUUUGUGUCAGCUGUACUAUGUCAAUCGCGACACCCUUUUUGCCUUUCACGAUUCCACAGAGAAGUUCUUACAACGCCUCAUGGCCCUCUAUGUCUCUUCGCAUUACAAGAAUUCACCGAAUGACUUUCAGUUGCUUUCCGACGCACCAGCUCAUCACAUCUUCUGUCUUCUCGCUCCCUAUGACCCCAAUUCUGGACGAGUUCCUGAGAUUCUUUGCGUCGUCCAGGUUUGCCUGGAGGGUAGAAUCAAUCGUGAUAUUGUGAUGAGAAGUCUUUCUCGUGGUUUGAAGCCCUCUGGUGAUCUCAUCCCCUGGACAAUUAGUCAACAGUUUUGUGAACCGAAUUUUGGUGAGCUUUCAGGAGCGAGAAUUAUCCGAAUUGCUACCCAUCCGGAUUAUCAAUCACUGGGUUAUGGAACCAGGGCAAUUCAGUUGCUCCACAAGUACUAUCUUGGACAGAUUCCAGUGAGAAUUCCAGACAGUGUCAAAGUCCCUAAAGCAACAGCCACCAAAACCGCAAAUUCCUCCAGUGAAACAGACUCCGAAGCGGAUGGGACAGAACAUUCAGAAGAGGAGGAAAUUGAGGAGAUUCCAGACAAUCUAUCAGACAACGACGACGACGAAGAAGAGAUUGCAGCCCCUCCGUCGAAAAAAUCGAAAAAUUCUAAUAAACCAGCAGAAGGCGAAGAGGCCUCCAGCAAAUCGAAGUUGUUGACUGAGAAGGUUGAACGAAAAUCGAGUCUGCCGCCAUUACUAAGUCGCUUGAGUGAACGAGAACCGGAGAAGUUGAAUUAUAUUGGCGUUUCCUUUGGAGCCACUCCGAAGCUGCUGAGGUUUUGGAAGAAGGCUGGGUAUUUGCCGGUAUAUCUUCGGCAGACCAUGAAUGACUUAACUGGUGAAUUCUCCUGUAUUAUGAUUUGCGAACUGCUUCAGAAUCAGAACGCUGACGUUAAUUCUGAAUGGUUGAAAAGCUUCUAUUUUGACUUUUGUAAAAGAUUUAUCAAGCUUCUUCCUGGACCAUUCCGCACUUUGGAUGCAGCUUAUUCAUUGGAAUUGCUGCUCUCGAAGUCGUCACGCUCAAUGGUUAGUGAUGAACUCACCAUCUCAGAGAUUCAUCAGUACUUCUCAGCAAUUGAUUUGGAACGUUUACAUCGGUAUCUAAGAUCUCUUCUUGACUUCCCAAUGAUUUCUGAUCAAUUGCCACAGCUUGCUAAUCUCUACUUCCUUCGUCGUUUUCCUCAGGCCAAAUUAAACAGGACCCAACAGGUUAUUCUCUGUGGUCUUGGUGUUCAACGCAAAUCCGUGGAGCAGCUGGCUGAAGAGCUGGAACACCUACUCGGUCCCGAUGGUGGACUCCAAAGCAGUCGUAAGCAUCAAUCCACUCUUGGAGCCAAGAGUUGUAUGGACGGAAUGUUUUGGAAUAGUGGACGCCUCAGUGGUGGCUCUGGAAGUGGUGACCCGAGCGUGAAGCGCAGGCUGAAAGAGGACGGAGAGGCGGAAUCUGGUGGCCAGUCAUCCAACGGUUGGGCUCGUCGUAUUCGUGGUCUUCUCUUUGUCAUUAUUCGAGAGUUGGUGAAGUCACUGGACGAGAUUAUCAAGACUACUGGAGAUGGGAGCAAUCUCCAUGAGUUGAAAUCUAUGCUGAAGAAGAACGAGACCACUUUGCCUCUUCCUCAGAAUACCUCUGAUGUUGAAACGAUGGAUAUUGGUGAGGGUGAACAGAAUGGAGCCUCUUCAGAUGAGGAUGAGGCGGAAUUGGGCGAUGAAUUUAUCACUGCAGACCCCUCGACAAUGUCAGCCAUGGUAGCAGACACGAAAUUCGAUGCAGAAGAGCAGACAAGACGAGCUCAAUUGGUGAAAGAACUCCUAAGAGAGGAGGGAGAUUCUCAGUUGUCGAAGUACCAAGUGCGUGGGUCGGAGGGUAGUUGGAAGGCUGCUGUGGCAGGCCAUGGAUCAGAACUCUCAGCACUCCACGUUCGUGUUGGACAGGAGGAAGAGAGUGGUGGGGGUGUGAAGCAUAAGAGAAAACACGCUCAUGCACUGGGCGAUAAACGAGAGAGAAAAAGGUGUAAUCGGGCGGAGAAUCCCAUCACUAUGAAGGUCUCAGGGGGAAUCAGUUCUAGCAAGAAACGAGUUGAUUAG